AUGGCCUGGGAAUAUGUGAACUUUGUGGGACUUGAAGAAGAUGAAGAAUAUACCUUUGAAGUCAAAGCAGAAGUAUUCAUGACUCCUGAAGCUUGCUACCAAUCAUAUCCAUUGCAGAAUACCAGAAGUUGUAUCAAAAACUUAGAGUUACAGGUUGAAGAAAGGCUAAGGAAUAAUUCACCUGCAACUAAGGUCCCUAUAGCAAAUCUUAUAAACAGAGGUUCUGACCUUAUAACUCUUACUCUAGACAAUUUCACAACUCCGAGGCCUCAUCAAUAA